AUGGUUGAUAGUAUAAAGGAACAUAAUGAUUUAAAUAUAGGAUCAAUAAAUGCGCAAAUCGAUGAUGAUCCAUCCUAUUUAGCUAUAAGUCCAAAUGGAGAACUUAUUGCGACUUUUGAUUCUAAAACUUAUGAUCUUAAAGUUUACGACUUAGAAAUUAACAAAGAAGUUGUCAAAUUAGAAUCUCGUGAAAAUGAUAACCAAAUUAGCAAUACUCCUUUUUUCACUAUAGAUAAAAUGAAAAUUAAUCCAUUACAUACGAGAGUAUCUUUUUCUUUGGCCAUUUCCAAUUACGCAAAAAUCGGAAAAAAAUUAGUUGCAUUCGUAGCCUUAUCAAGUUUUUGUGAUAAAGAUAUGAAAAAAGUUUGUGAAAAUAAGGAUGAUGUCUCUGACAAAAAUCCAAGAAAUACUCAAGAUCUAGAAAAAGGCGAGCCUAAUCCAGAAACGUUUAUUUUUUCAACAAAAUCAAAUGAGAGUAUUAAAACUUCUGUAAAAAAUCGCGGUGGGGUUGUUAGAUUUUUGAAUAAUAAUUUGCCAAAGGGAGCUGAUCAAUCAGGCGGAUCCACUAAUCUAAUUCUAAUGAACACGUCAGGAAUUACAAAAGUGUUCAUCAGACAUAAAUAUAAUAAAAGAAUUUUCGACGAGUACGAAUUUCCAACUAUGAUUCAAGUUAAAAUUGAUAAAUUGUAUCAAGAAUUACCUUGUACAAGAUUUUUAAAUUCUGUUGUUGAAAAAAAUUAUUUAUUUGUUGAAGAUUAUAAAAAUCAAAAACUUGAAAUGUAUAAUUUACAAUCCAUGGAUUUAGAAUUGAGGUUUCAUGAAAUCUCACUUCCAAAGAAAGCAAGUGGAAACCCUAUCUUCUCCAUCUCAAAACAUGGUCAUUUAUUAGCAUAUUAUAGUGGUGCAAACUGUAUUUCGAUUCAUUUGAUGGAAAAUGGACUUAAAGUUGCGACGAAAGAAUUUACAGAUGUCCUUUCGAUUUCAUUUAUUAACAAUGAUGAAAGAUUACUCGUUGUCACUGAAAAAGACUCUGAAAAAGCCACCAAAGACGUUGAAAAAGUCACCGAAGAAAUCAUUAAAGAUUACACAUUCAUUCCAACGUUUAAUAUUUGGGAUCUUUUUACCUUUAAAAAUGAUGUACACAAAGUCAAUCAUUUAAGUAUUUUUAGUUCUUUACAAAAGUCUUCAAUCGUUUGUUCAAGUGGCAUAAUACUUGCAAAUUUGCCUGAUAAAGUUGUACGGUUAGAUCCCUUAAUUACAAUUAAUCAAGCUCAAAACAAUUCCUCGAAAACAGACGACUUUAAAGUUAUAAAAACAUUUAACGUUAAAAAAGAACCCUGGGUUCAUAAACAGCCAAAUUUUAGUUAUUUUUAUCUUGAUAAAGAGAAAACCAUUAAACUUAUAAUUGGAGAAACUACAGUUCAAGUAUGGAAGAAAACAAGUCAUAACGAUAACACUAAAAUUAAAAAAUUUUUAGAAUAUAUUUGGAUUAAUCCAAAAAAAUUUACAGCAGCAUCUCUGAAGAAUGAUGUUAUCAAACGUGAAUUUUAUUUAGAAUUAUCAUGGUCGGAUAAUGAAAAACCAGAUAAAUAUAUUCAUUGGCCAAAUGAAGUUCAUGCCCUCAAAGAUGCAUGUAUUGCUAUGGAGUAUCUUUAUAAACGAAGAGACGAACCAGUAGGGACGAGAAACUUAACCAAAUACAAAGAUUUGGUUGCAUAUACAGAAUGUCUUAUUAAAACAUGCAUUAAAAAAAAUCCGGAUUUAUGGAGUUUAUCUGAAGUACGAUUUGACGUCAUGGCCAAUAUCAUCCGAUCAAAGAGUGUACCGUUGUUACAUCAUACUCUAUUCGAUUAUAAACAAGCAGAUGGGAAUAAACAAGAUAAAACGAGAGUUAGUCGUUAUUUGCAUAUACCAAGGGAAUUUGAAUGGCCUAUGAGAACGAAAUCAAUGUCUGCUAAAACAAAAGAAAGUGAUUUGAUGCUUGCUAUUAAAAUAACAUCAAGUGGACAUCAUAAAGUUAUCGUCGCCAUGUUGCUCGAAUAUUAUUCAAAUAAUGCGGAAAAAGAUACGG